UUAUAAGGAUAUAUAAUGCGGAGGGAGAGAGAGACAGUAAGAAAGAGCGGAAGAAGCAGUUGCGACGCCGACCGACAACAACUGUAAUUUUCCAUUAAUUUUUGGGCGGGUUUUGUGCUGCACAAUAAUACAACUGGCAUAAUAUAACUUGGACUAUUUUGUAUAACCACCAUGUGUAUUUUGUUCACGUUUUGCUGCGUGUGUAGGUGUGAGUAUAUGUAUGUGUGAUAAACUUGAAAUACAACGCAAUCGCAACGAGAACCAAAACUUGUCAAGCACUUGAGUGCUGACCGCAUUCAAAGAGGUGUAGUCCCGGCAGCAAGGAGACUAUAGCUAAUUUUUCCCUGUGGAGCACAAAUAUCACAUCGGAUCUAUACGAGAGACACGUCUAUAUAUUCAGACCACCAGGACGCAGAGGAUAGAGGAGAAAGGACGAAGCGAAGGAGAGACGCGCGCCCCCCUCGUUUCCCGCCCAGCCAACAGCCGUGUGAACCCGUCUUGAAUGGAUCCAUUUGUUGGCUGGUUUCAGAAGGAACAGGAGGGACCAUCGUUGUGCACAUGGUUAAAGAUUUGGGAGACGAAUGCCCAGGAGAUGGGCGCAUUGCUUAAUCAACAGCUACAGCAGACGACGGCGAUCAACGGGAGCACGAGCAGCAGCAGCAGCAGCAGUAAUAGUGGUAACAACAACAACAACAACAACAAUAAUAACAACAUCAAUAACACUAUCACCAACACGACCAAUAACACUGGUAACAAUUCAUCGGCCAAACCCUACUUAUCGCGACCCUACAGCUCGCUAAAUCGGGUGCUCAAUUUCCGAGCGGAUUCCCUGGAGAUCCUGCAGCAGCAACAACAACAGCAGCAGAUCAACGGGACCACUCAGCGCAACAGCACUAACAUCAACACCACCAGCGGCGGCAGCACUAGCUCGUCGGCAGAUUCCACCACGAAUCGGGACAAUAACUCACCCGCCAACAGCAGUUCAACCAACGGACCAGGAGCAGGAACGGGAACGUCAACAGGAGCAGGAGGUGCCGGUACAAAUAGUCCGGUGACCACAGCGUCAAGCACAGCUGCGACCACGACUGGUCCAGCCACUAGUAUGAGCGAUACCAGCAACAACCCGCCACAGUCAACGACCACGCCCGCCAGCCGAACGAACAGCAUCUACUACAAUCCGUCGCGGAAGAAACGGCCGGAGAACAAGGCUGGCGGAGCCCACUACUAUAUGAACAACCAUAUGGAGAUGAUCGCCAAGUACAAGGGCGAACCGUGGCGCAAGCCGGACUAUCCGUAUGGCGAGGGCGUUAUCGGGCUGCACGAGGAGAUCGAGCAUUUCUAUCAGUACGUCCUGCCCACGCCCUGCGAACACGCCAUCCGCAACGAGGUGGUCAAGCGCAUCGAGGCCGUUGUCCAUUCCAUCUGGCCACAGGCGGUAGUCGAGAUCUUUGGCUCUUUUCGCACUGGCCUCUUUUUGCCCACCUCCGACAUAGAUCUCGUUGUGUUAGGUUUGUGGGAGAAGCUGCCGCUGAGAACGCUAGAGUUCGAGCUAGUGAGCCGCGGUAUCGCCGAGGCUUGUACGGUGCGUGUUCUGGACAAGGCAUCAGUGCCCAUCAUCAAGUUAACGGACCGGGAAACGCAAGUGAAGGUAGACAUAUCGUUCAACAUGCAGAGUGGUGUUCAGUCGGCGGAGCUGAUUAAGAAGUUUAAGCGCGACUAUCCAGUGCUGGAGAAGCUAGUGCUUGUGCUGAAGCAGUUCCUACUGCUCCGCGAUCUCAACGAGGUGUUCACGGGGGGCAUCUCCUCCUACUCGCUGAUCCUUAUGUGCAUCAGCUUCCUGCAGAUGCAUCCGCGCGGUAUCUACCACGAUACAGCCAAUCUGGGGGUGCUUCUCCUCGAGUUCUUCGAGCUUUACGGACGUCGCUUCAACUACAUGAAGAUCGGCAUCUCCAUAAAGAACGGUGGCCGCUACAUGCCCAAGGAUGAGCUGCAGCGUGACAUGGUCGAUGGCCAUCGACCCUCGCUCCUGUGCAUCGAGGAUCCGCUGACGCCGGGCAAUGAUAUCGGUCGAAGCAGCUACGGCGUCUUCCAGGUGCAACAGGCAUUCAAGUGCGCCUACCGCGUGCUCGCCCUCGCCGUCAGUCCGCUCAACCUUCUCGGCAUUGAUCCGCGCGUCAACUCGAUACUGGGUCGAAUCAUCCACAUCACCGACGACGUGAUCGAUUAUCGCGAAUGGAUCCGCGAGAACUUCGAACAUCUGGUGGUGGUGGAUCGCAUCUCGCCGCUGCCCACUGCCGCUCCCACUGCGUACGCCACCGCCAAUGGGGCGCCAAAAUAUGUGAUUAUGCCCUCGGGCGCCGUUGUCCAGCAGCUGUACCAUCAUCCGGUGCAGGUGCCCACCGCUCACGGGCACAGCCAUGCGCACAGUCACGGGCACGCGCAUCCUGGCGCCCAUCUGUGCCAGCCGUAUGUGACCGGGACCACUGUAUCUGCUGUAACGACGACUACAACGAUGGCGGUGGUGACCGUGGGCGUUUCAGCCGGCGGAGUCCAACAGCAGCAACAGCAACAGAAUGCGACGGCCCAUACCCACGCGCAGCAGCAGUCACAGAACCAAUCGCAGUCGCGCCAUAGACGCGGCAGCACCUCGUCGGGCGAUGACUCCGAGGAUAGCAAGGACGGUGAUGUUGUCGAGACGACGUCGGGUGCUCAGGAGGUCGUUGACAUCACGCUAUCGCCGCCAAAUGGCCUGUCCAACAUGUCCAUGCCCAUGCCAGUGCACGCGGUCGGAAUGCCAGCGUCAAACAGUUGGAGCGGUAAUGGCAAUGGAAACGGAAACAGCAGCUCAUCCACAGGCUCGUCGCCGGAAAUCGCACACAUCGCUGCCCAGGAAAUGGACCCCGAGCUUGAGGAUCAACAGCAAAAUCAGCAGCACCAAGAGACUUCUGGAGGCAAUGGCUUCAUCCGACCGGGUGACGGCGGCACCGGUUCCAGCAGGGGAGGCGGUGACGGCAGUGGCGGACGCAAUUACAACCAGCGGAGCAACCACAACUCCAGCGGCUACUACCACCAGCAGUACUACGUGCCACCGCCGAUGCAACAGCAGCUGAGCAAGUCCAACUCCUCCUCCAACUAUCACCAGCAACACCAUCACAGCCACAGCCAUGGCAAUCAUAGUCACCGACAACCACAUCACCAUCAGCAGCAGCACCACCACCAGCAGCGGCCGCAGCAUCUGCGGGUGGGCGGCGGCAGUCGAUACCAGAAAUCGUUGGGCGGAUCGCCCAUCAUCAGUGCUGGCAAUGCGUCGAACAGCAGCAGCAAUUGCAGCAACAGCAGCAGCAGCAGCGGCAGCAACAACAGCCGCCUGCCGCCGCUGAGGGGAACACUGGUGAAUUCGUCGUCAGCAAUAUCAAUCAUUUCCAUAUCCUCAGAAUCAUCCAUUGCUAGCAGCAGCUCCAGUUCGUCAAGGUCCGGACAGGAUCAGCAGCGUGACGAGCGAUAGGAAUAGGAUGUAGGAGGAUAUUGCGUAUGUCUAUGACAGAGAGGGAAAGAGAGCGCGAGAGAGAAAGAGAUAGUUACGAGUUAGCAAUAUUUAUGGAUUACAUUUCUUUCUCAGGUUAAUUGUAAACUAUGCUGCAUUUUUCUAAUAAAUAUCACCGACCCCCCGCCUCGCCCUAAUCCUAAACCAUCUCCUCAAGCAAGCUUCCCUUUGCAGUUCCAAUGUAACUGCGAUUACUUUCUUUUACGCUGCAGCGACGCAGACCUACUAAGCCUAGAGUUAGGAACUUUGCCUCUGAUCGCGCUAAAUGUAUUUCAGUUUGUUUCUAAAAUAAACAUGAAAGCAAACAAUAUAUAUAUAUAUAUAUAUUUAUAUAUAUAUGUAUUUAUAUAUAUAGAUAUAUAUUAAAGUUAAUUGUACCAUAACUGUUAGCUUAUAAGUAGAUUGUAAGGGUUUAAAAGAUCGAUAAACUGAAGUAUGAAAUUAUGCUAAUCUCUCUUCCCAUAAAAAGUUUGUGAGCCUACUUAACUUGUUCGAACACAUUGUCCAACCCCAAAGCAAUUGUGUUUUUAAGCUUAAACAAAAAAAAAAAACAAAAAAACAAAACAAAGAAACAACAAAACAACAAAAAAAAAAAGCAAAAAACCUACAACGCAUCUUUUGUUUAUACUUAUUUACUAUUAAUUGAUUAUUAUGAUUAUGCAAUGUUGUGCAUUUUGCAUAGAUUCCUGCCAUUUGUUUGUAUAGUUGUUCACAAAUCUUUGUAAAUACUUAGUUACCGCCCCCUGUGACACGCCUCCCGCCCCACCAACCACGCCCCCUCUAAACGCACUGCCAUUUUGAGAAAGGUUUUUAAAAAACACGUCGAAAAGGAGCUAGCAGAAGAGUAGAAAAGAAGAUUUAGACUUUGUACAUGUAUAACAUUUUAGGCUGUUCUUCUUUCCAUUUGUAAGAGACAAAGAAACAAAGAAAGCAAAACAACAACAAAAAACCCAAACCAGAAACAUAAACCCAACUAAUUGUAAAGUCACCUUAAUAGUCUACGAAUAUGUUUGUCAAUCGAGUCGCGAACGUAGAGCUCUGUAAUACUAGGCGGCAAUAUUUAAAAUUUCAUUCUGAAAGCGCAACAUUUCUGAUUCUUGGAGAUAAAUGACAUACAAAAAAAAUUGUACAUCAAAACAUAUUUGAAUAUGGAUUUCUCUGUUGUAUUGUAAUAUCUGAUUGUGUUUUGUAAUAUCUAAUAUUUUAAUAUUUAACUUCUAUUUUACUUUCUCAUAAGGCUUUGCUUUCGAACGUAUUUGUGAACAGUUGCGACAUAUUAAGCUAGUUUGUGAAUCGUGAGCUAAGAGUUCAUAGUAUUGAAUCUGAAAUAUCGACCUUGAGUGGUUUAAAACCUAAAGUUUCAGAAAUCGAGUUUAGGUUCAAUAUCUUUUUUUUCUGUUGCCUAGUGUGAAUAAAGCGAUGUCCAAUGUUGACAAAGGCCGAAGGUGCGCUCUCCCUUUCGCACGACGACUCCUACAAGCUGGCAGCUUUGAAGCCCACCUUACACAUACACUUGCUCACUCACAUCACAAACACACACAAGCGCAAAGGCUCCCCCACACAGAUACCCGAACAGAGAGGGACACUUAACGGUAAAGUUAGCAUAGACAGUUGGGGAAGACGGGGCAAUGAGCCGUUAGUAAGAAUGAGCAGGCGGUUGCGAUAGAGCGAGAUAAAGUAAUAAGGAAAGAGAGAUAGAGAGAGCGAGCGAGAGUAACAUAUAAGAAUUAUUAAAUUUAUGCACUCGUCUGUUGAAUAUUUAUAUGAAUUAUAUGUAUGUAGUUACUAAUAUUAACUAAUUGGUAAAUAUACAAUAUUUAUAUGCAUAACUUGUGGAUUAAUGUGGACAAACAAAUGUUUAGAAUUAGCAAUCUAGCCACGUAAGACUCGUAAAUGGUAAAUCGUAAAUCGACAACUACUUAGACUACAUAACUGUGUACCAGAGCAUAUGUAAGCACAUAAGCACUCCCACACACACACACACGAAGACACCACUACAUGCGCAUACUCGCUAGAAUGUUGAGGUUAUGUCGUAGAUUUUUUCAGUAUCGAUCACGAUUUCGCCUAGCCUAGCAAGUAAGCCGCAGAACUAACUGUAAAACUAACCCAUUUCCCCACUGGAUUCCAUGCGUUCGAACUCGUUUCAUCCUUCGCCGAUCAUUGCCCAUUGUCCUUCGUUUCGUUUCCUUUGCGUUCCGUUCGCAGUUCCCAACUUUCAUAAUACGUGUGCAUAUACUCGAAACACACACACACAGUUUUUUAGUUAGUGGGUAUUAAUAAAUUAAAUUAAAUUUAAUUAACUACAUUUAACGCAACUAAAUUCAAUUCAAGUGAAUCAAAUGAAUCGAUCGAUACUUGUAUAUGAUAGAGUUCAAUAGCUGUGUAAGAAUCGGAAUCGUAACAAUUUAGUAUGCAAAAAUCGUAAAUCUAACUGAUUGUAUAAUUAGCGAAAAGAGAAAAACGGAAGCGAUAAGCAAAACGAUGCGACAAAUAAAAGCCGGCAAAAACUA